CUGCGGGGCUGAGGUCCGCAGAGCCUUCCCCCAGGGCAGGGGCAAACGGCCCCCUUCCAGGAGGGAGCCGGAAGAUUAGGCAGCUCCAUGUAGGUCCACAUGUAGGUGAACAGAACCCACCAUGAGGAAGGGCAAAAAGAAGAAGCCAGAGUCCAGACGCCGCGGCUCCACACCCCAGCACGCCAGCUCGGAGUCGUCCACACCCCAGCACGCCAGCUCGGAGUCCACACCCCAGCACGCCAGCUCGGAGUCCACCCCUCAGCCCAGCCCUGGAUCCACCCCGCAGCCCAGCUCUGGAUCCGUCCCCCAGCAGCCUGCACCCCAGGCUCUCCCAGCUCCAGAAAGCAAACCCUCAGCCCGGGCCCCUGCACCGGCCCUGGGCGGGUUGCCUCCGGACCCUACCACAAAAGCACCCUCUCGAUCCAGGAAAUCAGGGUCUCUGACUCGUGCGGGGCCACGGGCCUUCUGUUCCUGUUCCGCUUGCCCCGGAAGCUCUGCUUGCUGGCGUCGUCUGGGCCUGUGUCACAGCCGCAUCUUUGAUGUCCUCCUUCCUCUACCCUGGCCGACCAUGCCAGGAAGAGGAUUUCCAAGCCUCCUCACUUUCUACAGAGAACCUGCAAGAAAACACUCCACUCAUCGUAAUUCACGUGCUCCAAGCUCUCGGGCCUGCCGCUGUGGCUCUGGGAGCCCUGGGGGCUGCCUGUUACAUCACUGAAUCCUUGUGAAUAAACCCCAGGCCCGCGGCCCGGCAGAUCCAGUUUCCAUCGAGGAUCUCUCUUGUCACCAAAAUAGAACAAAAAA